UGGAAUCAGCUUGAUUUGGACCCGCUACCACGAUUCCACUUUCUUCAAGGACGGUGUAUUACCAUUUUCGUGGCGGUUUUGAUUCGAUUCCAAAAGCUCCAUUCCUCUCAUAAAAUUGAUACAGCAGAACUUGCAAGCAACAGCGAUUCCAAGAGCUCGGUUCCUUCACAACAAGGUUAGAGGAUUCCAGAACAACCAGCAUAGGAAACAACCAACCCAUACAUAGCCCGUGGGAUAGAGUAUAGCAUUUGUUCCGUCAAAGCAAACCAAAGCAAACCAAGGAGCCACACAAGUCUAUCAUAUUUCAUUCUUCAUCGAAACCAAACAACAAAAUCAACAUGGCCAUCAUCAAGACCACUCCUUCUACCAGCAGUCUGUUGCAUCGCAACCAGUAUCAGAUUCGCGCUCAGUUUCUCAAUAGUUUGGGCAUUGUGCGGGACGUUGUUCCAACAGAUGACGACAGCGAGGAUGAGAUGGAGGGCACCAAUGACAACGGCAAGCAACCACUCGAGUUUAUGAGGGAAGACGACGACCAUGACAUGCAGCAGCAAACCCAAGUGACGUUUGCCCUAGACGUGUCGCUCCACGAGAUUCCUUCCCAUAGAGACUAUAGUCCGGAAGACAAACUUGCCAUUUGGAAUGGCUCUAAACAAGUAUCAGCCAUUGUGCAGAGGAAUACCGUAGAGUACGCAGCAGAAGGAUGGUGUGUCGAAGGAGUUCUGGAAGAAGACUCGUUCGUGCAACUGCCCAGUGGAGAGCUGGUACAUCCAGCCACUUUGGAACAGCAACAAAGAAUAGCCAAGCAACGCAAGCUGCGAAUGCAAGCUGAGAAGCGAAGGAAACAAGGAUAUGCCUACAAGUCCGUAGCAGACUGCCUGAACUUUCAUCAAAAACCAGUCAAGGCCAAGCGCCGAAAACAAAAACCAUCCAAGCGAACGCCACUGCGAACGCUAUCCGCAACCAGUGAAUGAAUAGGUGCAACUGAUGUUCACAUUUGCAUUGGAUGGUCUCUACUCUACUCUUCUACAUCUAGCUACUAGGUUAAUACUUUCAGAAAACAUUCAUCAUCUUUC